AUGCACCCACUCACCCCCACCAUCCUCUCCGUCUUCCUCUCCCUCCUCCUUCCCAUCGUUCACGCUUACUUAUCCGUCGGCCUCACCCGCCAAUCCCAGCCCCUCUCCUGGCUCCACGCCCUCCGCCGCCGCGAUCCCUUCCAACAAGAUCUUGACCGCAACCUCCUCUCCGGAUACUACGCCGACUCCGCCCUCGGCACCCCCGCACAAGGCGUGAACCUCCUCAUCGACACGUGUGCACCUGAUAUCUGGGUCACCUAUACGCAGUCACCGCAUUGUUUGCUGCCUUCCACGCCCUGCAACUUUUCGCAAUAUGAUAAUGCGUCUUCCUCGACGUACGUGGCUCUGGAUUCGCAGUUUGCGAUUAGUUUUUCGGAUGGGACGGGGAUUGAGGGUGUUUAUGCGAAUGAGACACUCUUGAUUGGACCGAGGGAUGACUACAUCAACGUCUUUAACGGGACGUUUGGGUUUGGGCUCGGAGGUGACUCGACCCGCGCAACCCUCGGCCUAGGUUUUGCUCCGUACGGCUCCUCCAACGUCAACAUGCCGAAAAUCCUAGAAGUUCUAGUCCGACGCGGGAUUAUCUCUACGCACUCGUUCUCGCUGUUUUUGGCGAGUACGGAUACGGCGGGGACCCUGAUUUUCGGGGGAGUGGAUGAGGGAGCGUUUGUGGGGGGGUUGGAGGGUGUGAAGAUUCUGGCUACGGUGGAUCCGUUGGAGAGUUAUGCGGUGGAGGUGACAAGGGUGGUGGUUUCGGGGUUGCCGGAUAUUGGGGUCCCUGUCGUUGCAAACGGCACGAAUGGGACGAACACGACCACCACGAGGAUGGAACCGCAAGCGCCUGUGACGGCAUUCACGGGCAGUGUCCCGGUCCUCCUCGACUCCGCCUCAACCCUUCUCACACUACCGCAAGGCGCCGUCACCAGCAUCGCGUCUGCAAUUAACGCAACCCUAUACCCCGCCCUAAAUGCCUACAUCCUCCCCUGUCCCUCUCCCUCCACAUCCAUAACCCUUUCCUUCACCUUUGCGCACGCUACCACAUUCAACGUCUCCCUCCCCGAACUAUGCACCCCGAUUCCGAAUGGAACGACGCUCGGGGAUGGACAGUGCGCACUUCUCCUCGCGGCCCCGAGUGCGACGCUCGGGACGGCAAGGUUGGGGAUACCGUUUUUGCGGUCGGUUUACGCUGUUUUUGAUUUGGAUGGUUUGCAGGUAUUGUUGGGACAGGCGAAUUUUGCGCAGGAGGUUGUGAAUAUUACGGAGUAUGAUUCGAGUUUGUGGGUGGGCGCGCCGAGUGCAAGUGUUAGUGUUACGGGGGUUGGAGUCGGUGGGGCGACGCAGUUGGGGAGUCAGGUGUGCGGAAGCGACGAGUACCCCUGGGUGAUUGUCGAGAAUGACGACGAGCGUGAGAAACUCAGGGCUUGGGAGGUCGAGGGUAAGGACACUGCGGCAUCGACUGGGGACAGCAUCAAGCUUGGUCUCAUGAAGUACUUUGCCCCUGUGAACGCUGCAAGAUCACUCAGAGACGAGUGGCACGGCUCCCGUCAGACAAUGGGGCUGGUGAAUACGUUACUCAACUCAACAACCUACGCAUCGAAGUCCUGGAACUCAGCGACACCAAAUCCUAGACAAGUUUAUCCGUGGUUUAAAGCCAAAGGUCAGACUCUGGACAGAGCUAUCAUGAUUGGGGACCGAUGCGAUUGUCGUACGGUCGGCAACAGGAUUCUUGAUUCGGGCGGGCACAACUUCCUGUCCUGUGGAAACGCUCCACCUCGUUACGGUUCGAGCGAUGGUUGCUCCGGAGGGAAGGACCCCAUGGAAAUUGAUGCCGUAUGUUUCAACAAAGGGUAUCGCAAACCGUUUGUUAGGGGAAACGCCUCACAAGGAAGUGUUACAACUGUGGACGCCUUGGUCAUUAUGCUUGAGACUCAACACCAACAGCAACAUGAGUCGGAACACAAAGAGGCAGACGGGAAAAGGUCAAGGUCAGUAGGGUGGGGUAUACCUACUGAUCAGAAAGAGGGCGACGUGCUAGUAAUGCGUGCUGUGGAAUUGGAACAAAAGGACAUGGCCACAGGUGCCAUUGAAAAUACGGAAGAUACCGAUAUUGUUACUCAAGCACCUGGUAUUGCGCCGACUAUCCCCACAGUCGAUCAGGUUGAAGCACCUUGGAAGAAUUCGUCAAGGGAUGAAUUGAUAUGGAAAGGAGUGUCCAAUCGUCUGGCUGAAAAAGGGUUAUGCGACAACGAAGAUCACAUGAAGGCAAAUACUCGGCGCCGAGGGCAAAAUGACGGAUCGCAGGAGAACCCUCCAUGUGUUGGGAUUUCAAAUUGUACACCAGGUGUGAUGAUUCUCGACACUGGUGCAGAAAUGUAUAUGCUAUCUCGUGGAUACGCUGAGAAAGCGAGGAUCAAGAGUUGCGCGAUUCAGCCUAUGCCAGUGAGGACGGCAACCACAACAACAAAUGAUGAAAAGCAGUUUGUCAGUGAAGUUACUGAAGCUGUCCAGCUUCAGUUCGGUAACAUACGAAUUCCACAAGCCUUUUAUGUGACAGAUGCAGAACAUUAUGAUAUGUUGGUGGGUGCACCCUUCUUUGCCAAAUUCAAUCCUACUUUUGAUUGGGCAAAUCAAACAGUGACUUUGUCAGAUGGAUCAAGGAGUGAUACACUUCCACAGUUUGAUGAGGAUAGUGACCCAGAAGAAGAACACCCAAUUGAGAUUGAUAUGAUUGGACAUUCUUAA